UCUCAGAGACGAUCCCGGAGGCGGAGUGGGACGCAAGUGUGUGUGGAGAGGCAGUUAAGAGGCGCCUCAUCCAUUCGUUAUAGUCGCUAUGCGCCCCCGUAUUACUGGGGAUUCUUCUAAUCCCAUCAAAGGGCAGGUCCCCGCCCUGUUGCGUGCGUAAAAACCGUGCUGUUUGCUCCGUGCCAGACCCACUUAAACCCGUCUGGCUUCCACAGACGCCGGACUUGCGACUGGUCGUCCUCGCCCCCCCGCUUCCAACCCAGCACAAAGCUCCUCCCCGAUUACCAUAAUCUCUAGGAUCUUUUGGAGCGUCGUUACCACGGAUUGCAAAGCCAGCCCUUCAACGCGCUCUGCUCAACUUGCUCAAACUUUGCUUAAAAUAAUAAUCAUUACCCCUCACAUCGCAGCCGGUGUGUUUUGUUGGAAACUGGCCAAUCCGAUUUGAGCCAAAAUGGAUUUACACUGCCGGUCUCGCUGCAGCUCCCGCCGCCUGCUUUGGGUCUUGCUGGCUUGCUGUAUCGGACCCUUAACCGCAAACAGAAGAAACAUCCCAAGGAGGCAAGAUAGGCUGGGGCCACCUCUGGAUAUAACCCUGGAUUCGCUGAACUGCACGGCAUUUAGUAUACAAUGGAGAAUGCCUCGGCAGCAUGCAAGUUCCAUCACCGGGUAUACUGUCUAUUACACCGAGUUCAAGGCAGAGAAACCAAUUAAACAGCAGUCCCAUGAUGUGCCUCUUAGCCUGGACAUGCUCAGUAUGGGUCAAAUGGAUGGGCAAGCCAUUUUUGAAGUUGUCAUUGGAGAUCUGAAGCCAGGCACUUUCCACCGUGUAAGUGUAGGAGCUUACGGCUGGGCAGGAAAAGGCAGACCCAGCAUGCCGAGAAAUGUAACGACUUUAUCACAAGAUAAAUGCAUGCCUCCAGAUCCACCAUACCAGCCUCAAGUGCUGGUUGUUUCUGACUCAGAAGUCGCUCUGUCGUGGAAACCAGGACCCAGUGAAGGAAGUUCCCCAGUUCAGUACUACACAGUGGAAUUCAUAAGACCUGAUCUCGACGCCAACUGGACAGUAAUUAGAGAGCAGAUCCAAAUGGACUCCAUGGUUCUGAAGGGUCUCACUCCAAACAACAAGUACCAGUUUGCAGUCCGAGCGGCAAAUUCAUAUGGAUCCAGCCUGCCUAGUACUCCCAGUGACACUAUCAGAAUGUUCAGCCCAGAAGAGUUAGGGAGUGGAAGCUACGGUCAUCGUUACAUUACAGAAUCUGGAUUUGGAGACGACGAAGGAGCUGACAUCGAUGAUUCAGACUACGAUAUUUACAUUGACGAGCUCAAGCCACUUCCUGCUAUCAAAGGUGGCAGCAGGAAGUUUUUGGUUGAAACCAAGCUCACGCAGGAGUCUAAUGCAAGGCUUCUUUCUAGACUGCUUUCAUCGGCUUCCUCUCCUAUUAGUUCCCCUACAACGACAACUCUGCCGCCACGUACCAGCACAGCAACCAGCAUUACUGCCAAGGCCACCAGGUGGAACAAUGGGGCUUCAGUGGUGCGGCAGUCUGACCUGUCCUGCGAUGAAACCAUCUGCUCUACCGACAGCUUCUGUGUCAAUGAUUACGAGCGGAGUGGUUCUCGUUGCCACUGCAACCUUGGCAAAGGAGGAGAGAGUUGCUCAGAAGAUGUUAGUAUUCAGUACCCUCAGUUCUUUGGCUACUCAUACAUGACCUUUGAACCUCUGAAAAAUUCCUACCAGACUUUCCAAAUUACUCUCGAAUUUAGGGCUGAAGCGGAAGAUGGUUUGCUUCUGUACUGCGGAGAGAAUGAACAUGGGCGUGGGGACUUCAUGUCUGUGGCAGUCAUCAGACGAAGCAUUCAGUUCAGGUUCAACUGUGGUACUGGAAUUGCAGUAAUUACAAGCGAAAACAAAGUGAAGCUGGGUAAUUGGCACAGUGUGACUGUGUUCAGAGAUGGACUGGCUGGAUGGCUUAGGCUGGAUAACAACCGUCCAGUUUCUGGUAAAUCCCAGGGUCAAUACAGCAAAAUUACUUUCCGGACUCCCUUCUAUCUUGGAGGUGCUCCUACUGCCUACUGGCUAGUGAGGUCUGCAGGCAUCAAUCGGGGCUUUCAAGGCUGUGUCCAGGCACUCACAAUCAAUGGGAAGAUCAUGGACAUGCGGCCCUGGCCUCUGGGGAAAGCUCUUAGUGGGGCAGAUGUCGGUGAAUGCAGCAGUGGGAUUUGCGAUGAGGCUUCCUGCAUAAACGGUGGCACUUGCACGGCGAGCAAGGCGGACAGGUACAUCUGCCUGUGCCCGCUUGGAUUUAGAGGGCGCCACUGCGAAGAAGCUUUCAUUCUCAUCAUACCUCAGUUCAACGAGACUUUGAAAUCCUUUGCCACCAUCCCCUGGCCUUUGGAACCACAGAACUACCUUUCCUUCAUGGAGUUUGAGGUCACCUUUCGUCCCGAUUCGGCCGAUGGUGCCCUUUUGUACAGCUAUGACACAGGCAGCAAAGACUUCCUGUCCAUUAGCAUGGCAGACGGCUAUGUGGAGUUCAGGUUUGACUGUGGUUCAGGAACUGCUGUAAUCAGGAGUGAAGAACCCAUCAGUUUGAACCAGUGGCAUGAGCUCAAAGUGUCUCGCACAGCAAAAAAUGGCAUAUUGCAGGUUGAUCAGCAAAGACCAGUUGAAGGAAUGGCAGAGGGAGCUUUCACACAGAUUAAGUGCAACCCUGACAUAUUCAUUGGUGGAGUACCAAGUUAUGACAGUGUAAAGAAGAACUCUGGUGUCCUGAAACCUUUCUCUGGGAGUAUUCAAAAGAUUGUUCUGAAUGACCGGACAAUAGAUGUGAGGCAGGAUUUGGCAUCUGGAGUCAACCUGGAGAAUACUGUCCAUUCCUGUGUGAAUUCCCCCUGUGCCAAUGGGGGCACCUGCGUGCCCAAAAAAGAUGGCUAUGAAUGUGAUUGCCCAUUGGGUUUUGAUGGGCAGCACUGCCAGAAAGAAUGUGGAAAUUACUGCUUGAACACUGUUAUGGAAGCCAUCGAAAUACCGCAGUUCAUCGGCCGCAGCUACCUCACCUAUGAUAGCCCAGAUAUUCUUAAAAGAGUAGCGGGAUCAAGAACAAAUGUCUUCAUGAGGUUUAAGACUACCCUGAUGGAUGGCCUCUUGCUGUGGAGGGGAGACAGCCCCAUGAGACCAAACAGUGACUUCAUCUCUCUAGGUCUUCAAGAUGGUGCCUUGGUCUUCAGCUAUAAUCUGGGCAGCGGCAUUGCUACCAUAACGGUGAAUGGCUCCUUCAACGAUGGCAGGUGGCAUAGAGUAAAGGCAGUUCGGGAUGGGCAGUCUGGGAAAGUAACGGUGGACGACUAUGGUGCUAGAACUGGCAAAUCACCAGGAAUGAUGAGGCAGUUGAAUAUCAAUGGGGACCUCUUCGUUGGUGGAAUGAAAGAGAUAGCUCUGCAUACAAACAGACAGUAUAUGAGGGGUUUGGUGGGUUGCAUUUCCCACUUCACGCUUUCUACGGAUUACCAUAUUUCGCUGGUUGAAGAUGCGGCUGAUGGGAAGAACAUCAACACUUGCGGGGCAAAGUAACAGGUGGGAAAUAUUCAGAGGGAAGAGCCUUCCACCACUGUUCUUGCACGCGGAGGACUUGCCUUCUGAGCGAGGCCUGGAAGCAAGAAACAACCUGAAGCAAAAGUCACAGAAGGGGACCAUUUGCCACUCCCCUUUCCUUUGGAUAACACGCUCUCUCUGUCAUGCCGAAUGCUUCGGGGCAGUGCAGGAGCGCCACCCUUUAAACUGCAAAUAGUUGUAGAGUCCCAUGCAGCAGAGCACCUAUGCUGUUGUCUACAGCAGCUCCCUACCCAUUAAUGUAGCCUCCUCACACAGUGAGCAAAAGCUGGGCAGGUUGGGUAGCAACAUGCCCCAUUUUGCUGGC